AUGCAUCAGGAUCCAUCGACCUACGCGUUGCCGAUGACUAUGAACCCUCAGUUUCCGGAGCACGAACAUCUUGAUUGCCCUAGAUGCGAAUCCAGCAACACCAAAUUCUGCUAUUACAACAACUACAAUCUCUCGCAGCCUCGCCAUUACUGUAAGAACUGUCGACGUUAUUGGACCAAAGGCGGAACUCUCCGUAACAUCCCAAUCGGUGGUGGUACGCGUAAAACCAAUAAACGAUCUUCAAAUUCCAGUAAACGUCCUGUUACCGAUUCACCUGUAAACGACUCCACCGCCGCAGCCACCGCCUCCGCCGCCGCCAGCUCAGUUGAAGCCGGAACCCUUACCGAUUUUUGGGUUUGGUAA